AAUGGGAGCGCGCACCGCUCGCCGCGCAGCCAAUGGGGGCGGGCCGUGCCUGCAGGCGGCAGCGGGUCCGGGCUGUGCGGGGCAGUCGCGGCCAUGCCCGAGUGCCCGGAGCUGCACCUGGCCGGGCGCUUCAUCAACGGCGUGUGCGGAGGGCUGCUGUUCACGGGCGGCGUGGAACGCUCGGCCGUGGGCCGCGGCCCGGAGGUGCCCUUCCGCAGCGAGGCCUACCGCAUCUCGGCCCUAGCCCGGGGCAAGGAGCUGCGGCUGACGCUGAGCGCGCUGGACCCCGCUGCCGCCCCUCCGCAGGACCUCGUGUUCCGCUUCGGCAUGUCGGGAUCGUUCCGCCUGAGCCCCGCCGCCGAGCUGCCCCGCCAUGCCCACCUUCGCUUCCUCACCCGUGAGAGCCCGCCCCGCGCCCUCUGCUUCGUGGACCCCCGGCGCUUCGGGUCCUGGCGCCUGGGGGACGCCUGGCAGCCGGAACGCGGGCCCUGCGUGGUCUCUGAGUACCAGGCCUUCAGGGAGAAUGUGCUGAAGAACCUGGAUGACAGGGUUUUUGACAAGCCCAUCUGUGAGGUUCUCUUAAACCAGAAGUAUUUCAAUGGAAUUGGGAAUUACCUGCGUGCUGAGAUCUUGUACAGGUUGAAGAUCCCUCCCUUUGAAAAAGCUCGGACCGUGCUGGAGGCCCUGAAAGAGCAGGAGCAGGAGAGGAGGAAGAAGGAUCCUUCCCUGACACUGAGCAAGAAGGUGAAGCUGAUGCAGGAGAAUCCGGAUCUCCUGGAGUUGUGCCACAGUGUGCCCAUGGAGGUCAUCACGGCAGACAAGCAGCUCUUGGACCCCGAGGACUCGGAUAACUAUGCUGCCUUCAAGGACUGGCUGCGGUGUUACCUGGUGCCUGGCAUGAGCUCCCUGCGUGACCGCAAUGGCAGGACCAUAUGGUUCCAGGGAGAGCCUGGCCCCAUGGCUCCCAAAGGGCAGAGACCUCGCAAGACGCCCCGCAAGAAGAGCCCUCAGCUGAAGGCAGACCCCGAGGCGCUGGCCCCCAAGGUCACCUCACGUCCCGUGAAACGGCGCCACAGGGCUGCAGCGAACCCCCCAAAGUCAGAGGAGGGGGAGGAAAAGAAGGAAGAGGAAGCUGACGGGCCAAGGAAGGGACGUGCUCGUGGGAGGAGGAAAGCAGCUGCUGCUCCAGCCUUGCCUGAGCCUGAGGUGCCACCAGGCRUCAGAAGAAGCCGCCGGACAUCUGCCCGCAGGGGCCAAGGCACAGCCCCUGCCCUGUGAGUGUCACGCUCUGCCACCUCGUGAGGGGCAUUUAAGGGGCCAAGAGGAGCUCAGGGGGAGCCUGGUCACAGCCCCGGGUUUGUGCGAGGGCAAGUGGAGCUGCUCUGUGCCUGUGCUCACACUGCCACUGUUGCAUCCUGCCAGUGUGGGAGAGAGAAGCUGAGCUUGGUGAUGGGGCUUUUUACUGCAAAGUCCACAGGCAUUUGAGGGGAAAAGGGGUCAGGGCCACACGUUGUGCUGGACUCUGACUCUUCCCUCUGCCUCUUUCUGGCUGCUGAUCCAAUCACUGUUUUUAGCUGACUAAUAAAGUAUUUU